AAAAAGGGAGAAAUCGGGAGAGAGAGAGAGCACGCGACAUUCGCCAAAUACACCACCACCACCACCACCACCACCACCACCAGCUUCACAUGAUUUGCAUCUAUCCAUCCCAUCCCAUUCCAUCCCGUUCCAUUCGCUGCGCACACCUCCAGAAACAACCCGCAUGAAGGAAAAAAAGAGAAACUCGCGUUGACCUCCCCUCCCACAGGCAGGCGCCAUCGCCGGCACCACCGUCGACACCUCGCUGUUCCCGCUCGACACGAUCAAAACCCGGCUGCAGUCCUCGCGCGGCUUCUGGGCCGCGGGGGGGUUCCGGGGCGUCUACAACGGGAUCGGGUCCGCGGUCGUGGGGUCCGCGCCGGGGGCAGCGCUCUUCUUCGUCGUGUACGACGGCGUCAAAGCCGCCACCGCGCCGCCGGCCUCAAGUGAAGGAGGCGGGUUCCGCCAGAUCGCCGCCCACAUGCUGGCGGCCAGCCUCGGCGAAGUCGCGGCCUGCGCGGUCCGCGUGCCCACCGAGGUCGUCAAGCAGCGCGCCCAGGCGAAACAGCACCCCAGCUCGAUGGCGGCGCUGGCCCACAUCCUGUCCCUGCGGCGGAAAACCCCGGAUGGUGGGGGUGGGGGAUGGAGGGUCGUCGGGAGGGAGCUGUAUCGCGGCUGGGGCAUCACGGUCCUGAGGGAGGUACCGUUCACGGUGAUUCAGUUCCCGCUGUGGGAGGCGUUGAAGGCUUGGUCGGUCCGCAGGAGGAGGAAGCAAGGGAGAAGAGGAGGAGCAGCAGGAGGCAGGGAUGGGGAGGUCUCGGCGUUGGAGAGCGCGGUCUACGGGAGUUUGUCCGGCGCGGUGGCGGCGGCCGCGACGACGCCGUUGGACCUGCUCAAGACGAGGCUCAUGCUCUCGCCGACGCGCGUGGGCGUCGUCGCGCUCGCGUCGAGGAUCUGGCGUCAGGAGGGCGCGAGGGUGUUUCUGAGCGGGAUCGGCCCCAGGGUUACGUGGAUCAGCAUCGGGGGCGCGGUGUUCCUGGGGAGUUAUCAGUGGACGAGCAAUCUUCUGGCGGCGGGGAGGGCGGUUUGAUAUAUGAAGCCGAACGGUACGAGGAGGAGAGGAUGGGUCGACGGGAAAUCAUGGAG